UCCACUUCCCAAGUACUGGAAUUAGACAUAUGUGCCACCACUUCAUUAUGCAGUGUUGGAGAUGAAACCCACCAUGGGUUUUGCACGUUAGGCAAUCACUUGGCCAACUGAGGUACAACCAACAGUCCACUGAUAUUUUAUGGAGAAGUAAAAGCAGGUCUGUGGACAGCAACACUCAAUGUUGCUUGGAGGACAGAAUGAACUAUAUUCUCUAAUACUGGGUGUAUAUUACAGGCUAGGAAUUGACCAAAUUUGGGCAGAGGAAUGAGUAUAGAGAAAAAGAAGUAAGAAACAGAUGAGGCUGUAGCAUACUUGAUGCAUGGAUUUCAUUGACACUAAAUGAAUCUACUAAAGGUUUCUAGGAGAGGCAGGACUUAACAGGUGUUUCCAAUCUGGAAGAGACGAGUCCUGUAUUUUACUGUUGAGUAUAAGACAAGUGCUGGUGCUAGCACAGAGGCAGGGAACGCUACAAGACAACUCUUGUGCUGUUCAUUGUGUCCAUGAAGGUUAAGAGACAAGACUGGCACUAGCUUUUAUGAUAAAACUCUGUCGGAUACUUUUACCUUGAAAGAAUAGGGCGAUUUAACCAGCAGACAGUUUUACUCCAGACAGUUUUAUAGGAGUAAAGAAAACUCCUUGAAAAACACCAAGAAGUGAAUAACUUCUAAUUCAAAGCAAUUCCGAACGUUGAAGCUGGGCUGGGGCGUAUUUUAAACGUUAUUAGAGAAGGGAUGAGUGGAAUAGGGUAGAUACAAAGCCGACAUCUCCAAACUGCAGUAGAGCAAACUACCCUUCUCCGUAAGAAAGACAGCUCCUGCCCUUCGGAGUGUAGCCGGGGAUUUUGUUUGUUUUUUAUGUAUUUUUUUUUAAACAGGUGUUUGAAUAUAUGCAAGUGAGUGUGAACUCUUAGUAGUCGGAUUUCUGGAACUGGAGUUAUCAGUUAACUGUAGACCACCCAACUGGGAAUUGAACUGUCCUCUGAAACAGCAGGAAGCGCCCUUGACCUCCACGUAUACCUAUUUCUGCUUUUAAUGUUUGCUUGCUUGCUACAACUCUCACGCUGAAUUUUUCACGAAUGCAAAAGCCGCGGAAAUUUCUUCCGCCCCAAUUUCCGUAAGGCUCUACGACGUGAUCUUCCAUAAGUCUCUUUUCGGUGUCAUUGCACAAAUGGAAACGAUAAUUGCACACCGGACCGCACUGGACGGUGUCAACACUAAGACAGCGUCCGUUAACUGCUGACGUUUCUCUGUAAGAACACAGCCCUAUCCCGUAAAAUGAAGGACCAGCCGCGACCACCGCUGAGCGUGGAAGCACCUAGGAUUGAACCCACCGUUCCACGAUCGGUGAGUCCGUACUAACCCGGACGUGCCAUCCCACCGCCCAGUCCUCCAUAGCCGUCACCACACACCUCGUUCCAGCCAACGACGUCACAUCCGUCCCCGUCUCGGGUUCCAGGUCCUCUCUAGGCUGCGGCCUCGCUGGCCCGCCCGAAGCUUUGUGGUUGCUGGGCGGGGCCGUGACGUUCUUGCCCGGGCUGCAGGGGGAGGCCGCGGCGAGGAAGAUGGCGGACGGGAAGGCGGGAGAGGAGAAGCCAGAGAAGCCGCAGCGAGCCGGAGCCGCCGGAGGACCUGAAGAAGAAGCAGAAAAACCUGUGAAAACUAAGACUGUUUCUUCCAGUAAUGGAGGGGAAAGUUCCAGUCGCAGCGCUGAAAAGCGAUCAGCUGAAGACGAAGCUGCAGACCUCCCAACAAAGCCUACAAAGAUGUCCAAGUUUGGAUUUGCCAUAGGUAGUCAGACGGCACGGAAAGCGUCCGCCAUCUCCAUUAGACUCGGAGCAAGUCCUAAGGAAACAGUUCCAACUCUUGCUCCAAAAACUCUGUCGGUAGCAGCAGCUUUCAAUGAAGAUGAAGAUAGUGAGCCAGAAGAAAUGCCUCCAGAAGCAAAGAUGAGGAUGAAGAACAUUGGAAGGGACACACCAACAUCAGCGGGACCAAACUCCUUUAAUAAAGGGAAGCAUGGCUUUUCCGAUAACCAGAAGCUGUGGGAGCGAAAUAUAAAAUCUCAUCUUGGAAACGUCCACGACCAAGACAAUUAAGUGAAGUGUCUGAGACUGGGGUGUGGGUGGGUGCAGUUAGAAGGAGCAGUCUCCUUUUUGUAAAGAAUGGUGUAAGACUAGCUUUGGAGCCGUUUUUCUUUCUUCUUUUUUUCUUUUCCUUUUUUCUUUUUUUUUUUUUUUUUUUAAGAUUGAGUGGUACACUAAUAAAUGAGAGUUUGCAAUUAGAGGUAAUUUAUGUUUUAUAUACAGAUUUCAAGACAUUUGCUAAUUUUGUAGUUUCACAUGAUUAGUUUCCAAGGGUUACAGAUAAUAAAGAAAUCACAAGUGGUACCUUUCUAAGAAUUGCAUAUUUUUUUAGACACAACUAUUAGCACAUUAAGAGGGAAGCCAAAAGUUAUUGUCUGCUUCAAACUGGAAGCAGUUCCUCUCCUGACUUCUCCCUCGUUACCCGACUGUCCGGCUCCCUGCAGCAGCCUUACCGAGAGGGAGAUUGGCUUGAGAAGCCAGUGUUACUGUUGUGACUGUUGGCUGAGAGGAAGUUUAGAUGAGGUUCAAGUAAACCCUUUCCUGCGGGCAUUUCGUUUUGUUUCGGGCCAUUCUAGCUAGUACUGCUUCGCUCUCAGUGGGUACCGAUGCUUGCUCUGUAAAAAUAAAUUUUUUUCGUUAAAAAUUCUUAUAUGAAGAAUUGAGUAUUAUGACUAGCCCACUCUAACGGAGUGUGUCUCCGUUGAGGACCUUCAGAGGACACUAUUUGCUACCAAAGUGAACCAGUAUUCUGAAUGUGCUUCUCUUGGUUUCUGUUCUAGUUCCUAGAAGCAUUUCCACCAGAACUUGAGGCAAAACAUAAGGAAGCUGUUUCUUUUAAAGUACAAACACCACCAAAAAUAUCAGUGUACAUAGUGCUUUAUGUAUUUGGCUGGCUUUUAUUUUUUAAAAGGUUUAAAUAACAAAAAAGGAAAAAAAGGUAUAGCAUUGUAUGAAGGCAGAUGAGGCGACACACCUGUGACAUUUGAAGCAUUUGUGUUACUAACUUACUAGAUCCGGUUUGAAUUGAAUUCACAAGGUUUCUUACUUGUCCAACUCCAGGCUUAUUUUACGUACAUACAACCUGACCAGUGGUUUCAAAAGCACAUUUAGUGACUGCAAUAGGACAGAAAUGCUUCUCUAGACACAUCUUCAUUGCGAGCGUCUCAUCGCAUAUGCUCUUAGAGUUCUGAAUGUAGGAUGUUUGUUUUGUAUUUUUGUAUUGUAUAUGGGCUUUUUAAAUGUGACAGUUAAAUGCAUCUUUAAUAGUCACAGACAAAAGAGAUGAUAAAAUGUCCUUUGAAAAUGGCAAUGUUGAGUUUGGAGGCAGCUUCGGGGAGUUUCCUGGGUGGCGAUGAUUCACUGGGCAGUUUUUAAUGUAGUGACUUCAAGAAGCAGCCUGCGGAUAUUCCUAACACUUGGUUCACUACAGUUUAGUUUACUUCAUAAGCCCCAAGUAAAACGAUGGAAAUGUACAUAGCACUAUUAGUUCAUACAUGAUUUAAGUAUAUCAAGAUACAUAAAUUUAACAUUUAUGUCUGCAAACUGUCCAUUUGUCCAUUUUACUGUUUGUUGAAAUAACACCUCUCCUACAUAUUCUUUACUUGACUCGAAUAACAAAUUAACCUGACGUCAAGAUGGAGAGAGACGACUGAGCUGAAUGUCUUUACUAAAAUUACAAUAAAUUUUGUCAAACUUG